AUGGAGUCGUCAAGAAUUAGUUUGCGUCCAUUUAGAUUAACAGACGUUGAUGAUAUAUUGUUAUGGGCAGGUGAUAAACGUGUUACUAGUACCAUCCGAUGGGAUACUUUGACCACAAAAGAAGAAGUCUUGAGUUUCAUCAAGGAUGCGUGUAUACCUCAACCUUGGCAUGUAUCAAUAUGCAUCGAUGAUCGAUCCAUUGGGUUCCUAUGGGUAAUUCAUCCGGCCAUGUCGGAUGAUAUUGAAGCUGUAGAGAUAGGUUACGCGAUUGCAGUUGAGUAUUGGGGGCAAGGAAUUGCUACAAAGGCACUCAAAAUGGCAAUCCCUUGA